AUGCUUCUAUUACCAUUCACCCAUCACGGUACUUUGGAAUUGCUGCAGGAAGAGACACAUCCACGACCGAAACUUGCUGUCAGGACGUUGUGGGAAGCGGACGUCCGAUUCUGGCGAGGAUUUUACUCUCGUGUUGUGGUCAGUGUUACUGGACCUACAGGAACCGACCGAUACGUAAUGUGCAUCUUUGUCGCCAGCAUGAAUUCCUAUUGGUCUGUGGAGCCAGUUGCGGAAGGUGCCAGUACAUUGGAUGUGGCUGAACCGAACUGGCGAAAAACAGAGCCGUGUUCCGGUCGUGGACGGUGCAUAUGUGGCAAGUGUAAAUGCAACUUGGCACGUUACGAGGGUGAGCAUUGUGAAUGCGAUCGGCACGGAUGCAAGCGAGCCUCGGACGACAAUCAGGUCUGUGGUGGUCCACAGCGUGGUACCUGCCAGUGUGAUGGCGUGUGCAAAUGUAAACCAGGCUAUACCGGGGACCGCUGUGACUGUAUGACCAGUGAUAAACAAUGCAUCGAUCCGAAUAAGCCCGACGGCGGUCAGUCGGCGUUGUGCACCGAUCGUGAAGUUGAGAAAUGCGUGCUCUGUCUCCGAGACUCCUUGAUCAAAGCUUUCGAGGGUUAUGAUGAAGAUGGAGUCAGUGAAGCAGGUGUCGGCUCGGCCCUGGUGACUAAGCCGCCGGUAACGCUGGUCCAACCUGUGGACGAAUUGGUCUAUGCUUCUCCGGAAUAUGCAACGGCUGCAGCAACGUGUAAUACGGCUUGUAAUGGUACCGUAAUCGAUACGGCGCGCGUCAAACUGAUUGAAAACAGCGAGCAAAAAGAUGAUUCCAACUUGUGCAUCAUCUACACCGAUGACAACUGCCGCGUGUUCUUCACCUAUCGGUAUUCGGAUGCAAUCUAUGUCACUAGGAAGGUGGACCUGAACAUCAUGCGCAAAAGCGAAUGUGUGAAGACAAUCAACAUCCUCUACAUUGUCCUCGGCGUUAUUGCCGGAAUCGUGCUUGGCGGUCUCAUCCUACUACUGAUCUACAAACUGGUUAUCACCAUUGAUGACCGGCGUGAGUUGGCCAAAUUUGAACAGCAGGGUGAGAAUAUGCGUUGGGAAAUGGCCGAAAACCCUAUUUUCGAGUCACCUACGACAAAAGUGAUCAAUCCAACCUACGAAGAAACAGCCUACUGAAGCGCACUUACCUCGCAUUGUAGAUCCCUAAACGAGAAUCAUUAGGUUUCCGGCCUCGGGGAGUUCGGUUAGCGUUGUUUUUCGCUUCUACACAAUGUUACCUGCACUGCGUACUCUUAUGUUGCUUUCCGCCGUACAACGCCGUGUAUAAAAUAUGUAUAUGUACGGCUUAAUGAACGCGCCAGUCCUUUCAGUAUAUUUCCCUUUUUCACUUACGUGCUUAUUCCCCGAUCCGUCUGCUAAUGUAACUUGUAGCUUUUAUCGCUUGCUCCUCUCAACGGUACUUUCAGUCUACCUAUGCUUCUGUUCAAUUUUAUUCGCAUGCAUCAUGUGUCUCUGCGUUUUUGCAAAAUAAAUUUGCUUCUGUAGUAGUAUGCCUUCCCUGCUUUUGUGUAUCUAGCCAACAUUGACUCUCCUGCUUUUAUGUUGCUGACCUAUUCUGAGGUGAAUUCCGUUGUGGUAUUGCGAGAUUGCACGUUAAGCUGUUAAAA